AUAUGGCGGCGAAAGAGGCGGUGUGUUUGUUGUCAACACAACGACUUUUUUUUUUUUCUUUUGAGAACGGAAUAAAGGAGGAAAUAUAAUGAUGAAGGAGCGGAGGAGUGUUCGUUAUUUCUGCACCGCCGGUAACGGCAUGGAGCUGUUUUUAACGGAGGAGGUGAAGCAGAAGCUGGAAGCUGAAGACGUGCAUCAGAUGGCGGGUAAAGUGUUAUUCACCACCUCUUUCAGCAUCGACAAAGUCAGAGGGCUGAAAUCUGCAGAAAGACUUUUCCUUCUGUUGAAACAAGACUCACCUGUGAAACCACCUGCACAUGUCAGCCCAGGAAAAGCUGCCUCCUUGCUGCAUUCCAGACUGCUGGCUGACAAGAAUCAGUGGACCAGUGCUGCAAUGACAUGGAGCUGUCUGCAGAGGAAGCUGAAGAAGAGGAAGAAUGAAAAAACGUGUGGGAGUGAAAAACAGAAGGAAUAUGAUGAAAAAUGUGAUGGAAACGUGAGAAAAAGUUCACAAGAGGAAACUGGGAAUGAGACUGUGAGACGCGACAGAGAAAAUAGAAUACCGACUUUGGAAAAGAGAAAGAGGGAGAAAGAAGGAGGGAUGGAAUGGGUGAGAGAUGUGGAGAGAAGGAGGGAGGAAGGGAUGAGCAGCGAAACCUGUGGAGCUGAAACACAAACACUGAAGAAAAGUAAAAAGGAAUAUGACUGGGAGAAGAGGAGGGGUGAAGCUAGGGAGUCUGGUGAAGAGAGGAUGUGUGAGAGACAAAGAAAGGAAGCGGACGGUCAGCAGGUGGAGCGCAGGGAUACGGAACCAACUGGGAAACGGGGAAUAAUUUCAGAAAUGGAUUUCUGUGACAGAGGAUCAAGACAGAAUCAAAAUGUUGAAGAAUGUGGAUGCGCUGAGAUAGAUGAGGAGUUCACUGUGGAAAAUGUGAUGACAGCUACACCAGGAAAGAAGAUGGAACAGCACAACAGAGAUCCACAACCGUCUUCUCCAAACUCCAUCUCCUUUAGGAUCAGUUGCAAGUGUACCGGACGUCUGUCCCGAUACCUCGGCACACAGGAGGUGAGUCAAGUGAUUGGAGCAGGUGUGAGCAAGCUGCUGGGCUGGAAGGCCGACUUGAAGAAUCCACAGCUGGAAGUAAAUGUCUUUUUGAGUGAUGACUACUGCCUCUUGGGGAUACCGCUGACCAGGUUACCUUUGGCUAAACGGGCCUACAUUAAAACAACCGGACUGAGGUCCACCGUGGCGUGGGCUAUGGCCUCACUGGCUCAUAUACAGCCAGGAUUCUGUGUGGUUGACCCAAUGUGUGGAGUCGGGACCAUCUUAAUCGAAGCAGCACAGGAACACCAGGAUGUUUGCUUCCUGGGUUUCGACAAUGAUGAUGAACAGCUGCAAAGAGCCAAUGGGAAUGUAGGAUUUGCAGAGCUGGGAAACAGGAUGCACCUGCUAAAAGCUUCAUCGACAGCGCUGCCUCUGCCCAGUGCCAGUGUGGGCGCCGUGAUCUGCGAUCUGCCGUUUGGCCGAAAGUUUGGCACAAAAUCAAACAUGGCUGCUGACCUGCCGCUUAUCCUUAUGGAAAUGGAGAGGGUUCUCUGUGUUGGUGGAACCGUGGUUCUCCUCCUGAGUCCUCCGUUAUCCUCCAUCCUGAAAAAACUCUGGCCACACGAAGCAACAGGACCACCAACAUGGACUAACCUGGACAAGGAGCCCCAGAUACAAGACUAUGUGUCUGCUUCUGUUAGGCACCCAGAGGACACAUUAUCGCUUUCAAAGAAAACAGAGCCUGAGACUGGAUUCCAACACCGGCUGCCUCCCCCGCUCUCAUGUCUGAAGCACCAAACAACACUCAGAGUCAGUUUAGGGGCCAUAGACGGACUUAUCCAUAAAUAUGUGAAGAUAGAUACUUAAUCUUGGUUGGUGGAAAAUUCCUUUUAUUGUAACUUUUUUCUUUUGUAAAAUUAUAGUAAAUGUUAUUGAUUAUGUUGAGGUGUUGCAGCUCAUUAGUGUUAUUCUUUCAGUGUUCAGUCUGGAUUAGACCCUGGCCGAUGUAAUAUCAAUAAUAGGGAGUAAAAAAAAUUAUAAUUCGGAUAUAUCUGCUGAUAUACACGUUUAAAAAAAAUACCAGUGAUUGAUAACAUUUUCUUAUAAAAACUUUAUGACAAAAAAAUGUAAAUAUGUUCAACAACCAACCAAUGUACAACUGGCUGCUUUCACUCAGCUUGGCAGUUUCUGUGUCGCAUCACUGCAACCACUUGUAGUGUUAAUUUCAUCAGACGAGACAAAAUAUAUUCCUCAACGACCAUUUUUUCAUGACUAAGACAUGCUGAGGACGUGACAGUGUCAGUGUUCUAAAACCAAAGACGAUAUUAAUAUACGUUAUUGUUGACAAGACGAGACAAAAUGUUUUACAUGAAAUAAAAACUGAAAUAGUCA